AUGACAAAUCAUCAUUCUAAUAUAGAAUCAUUACGUACGAUUAAAUCUAAUGAACAACGUUUAAAAUCACUUGAUGAAUAUGAACGUGAAAAAAAACUUAAAAAAAAUUUAAUAAAAGAUUCAUUAAAUAAUCAAAAUAAAACAACACAUUUAAAAUUUGAUUCUGAUAAUGAGGAUGAUCAACCAAAAGAAUUUAUUGAAAAAAAAUUUCAAUUAUUUGAUGAUAACGAAGAAAUAUUAAAUGUUGAUGAACAUUUUAAUUCAAAAACUACUACAAAAAAAAGAAAAAAAUUACAAGAUCUUCAAGUACGUUUAACAACAACAAAUGAUCCACGUUUUCAAUUAUCUGAACAAUUUCUUGAUGAUCAUCAGAAAACAUUUGAUGAUAAUGAUGAUGAUGAUGAUGAUAAUGAUAAUAAUGAUAUUUCAAUUGAAGAAGAAAAAAAGAAAUCUCUGGCUAUACUUGAUCAAAUAACAAAUGCUAGAUCUUCUAUAUCAAAACCUAAAACAAAAAUGAUUCGUUUUGAUCCUAGUAAAACUGAACACAGAAUUUAUGAACUUAAUUCAGGAAUUGAAACUUCUGGAGAUAAUCUUAAAACUUCAGAAGAUAUCAAACCAAAAUCAAUAUUAAAACAAACCAAAGAAACAAUACCAACUAUUGAUUCGACACGAACCUAUGAAUUCGAUGAAUCUAAAUUAAAAUCAAUGUUUAAUAAAACAUCAAAUUUAACAAAUACUUCAAAAGAAAAUGAAGGAUUUCAAUUUCAGUUUUUUAAUAAUAAUGAAUCUAUUACUUUACCUACUCCAAAAGUAUCUUCAUUACCUAAACCAAUAUCGAAUGGAAAAUCGAAAAUCUUUUUAAAUAAAAUCGAUGAUACAUCAAGUGAUGAAGAUGAUAAUGAAAAACCAUCUUUAUCAGAAGAUACGGAAAUAAAAGGUGAAAUAACAAAUGAAACAUUCUUUUUUUUUGAUAUUGAUGAUCGAUUAAAAGAUGGUUUAGAAAGUUUCGUACGUACUGAAGAUUUAAAUGAACUUGAACGAACAUGGCCAACAAAACGAAAAGAAAUAGGCGAAGCUCUUCGAACAAAACAUCGUAAAGCUAUACAACGGAAAGAUAAGCAUCGAGUAUUUAAUCAUCGUCGUCAACAAAAACAAUAUUCUAAAUCGAAUAUUGACUAA